AUGAUCUUCGAGGUGCUCCAGCAGGUCCUGAACGAGUUCUUCGUGGACGUUCAGGAGGAUAAUGUGUCCUUCUAUGCUGGAGACUUGUUCGAACCCAGCCACUUCAAACUCAGCGACGUCUUCCUCCAGACAUCGGUCAUUAACUCGCUGCAAUUGCCGUUCGAGUUGUCUGCUGGAUACCUUGGCAACGUCACUGUCGAGGGUCUCGUGGGUGCUGUGGCUGGUUGGCCACUGGAAGUCAGUGUUAGCGACCUCUGUCUCGUGUUAAAGCCCCGAAAAGUACAAUGGGAGAACGAACUGCUCAUCCGCUACGCAAGAGAGCUACUUGUCGCCAUCUGCCAAUGUCUCGGGAGGCCAGCGGCCGUAAAGAAAGACAGCGCAUCUUUCAUUUCUCCUGCAAAGUGGAUAUGGAGUCGAAUUAAAGCGGUGGGGGCGGAUAUGACAGUCCAGUUGGAGCGCAUUCAUAUUCGAGUGGAGAGUCCACGCAGUGACAAUCUUGUGGCCUACGGACUUUAUAUUCCGUUGAUUCGCUUCGCCCCACGAGAAGUGGAAGAGCAAAUUCUUUACCGACGGCAGCAACCAGGUGUCGUGUAUCCCAAAGCGUCCAUUAACUUCUUUUCCAAGCUGCUCACGAUCGAAAACGUGUCAUUCUACACUGAUCUCGAUUCCAGUACCUACUGGACAGCAGCAAAAGAGACCGCAGAGCACCCAAUAGCGGUUUUGCUGACGUCUCAAGAGCCAAUUACUUCAUCGAAUCAACGCACACUUGAAGAAGUGUUGAAACGUUUCAAGGAAUGCGCUCUCAGACCCUUCAGACGUGCUAAACAACGCGAGUUAGCGUUUAUUCGCGUGCUGUGGAUCAAACUUGACUUCAAACGAGCGCCACAAAAUCCCAGCGACAGCAAAAGUCCAGUGAGACCUGUUCUGACAGCAGUGGACAUCGCUACGGAAGAGAUCGAGGUGAAAGUUGACUUUGAUCAAGUUGCAAUGACGCUAGAAGAACUCGAGCACGUGGUUGACUACUUCAAACGCGCACGCACAUGGCAUUGGCGUCCUUCCUGCAUCGAUCGAGAGCAUCACGCACCGCCGUCUGUCCAGUUGUCGGCCAUUGCUCUUCUCCCGCUGCCAUUAAGUGACGAGGAACGUGCUUCACUGGUUUUCUCCAUCGAUAAGCAGCGCAAGUCCAGACUUUGGUUCCGGGCCAUGUGGAGGUACGCUUUCCGUUGUAUCGUCGACCAAAAACUCAAGUCAAGACGAGAAGAGACAGAUGAAGAGACUGAUGCCGCAAUUUGGUGGCGUUUUAACGACAUUGUCGACAAGGAACUGCAGCAAGUACGUCGUCAACGCUACAUGCAUUUGUACGCUCGCAGUUUGAGUCCCGAUGCCAUGGAGAUUGCGUUAUACGGUCGAGGAAAGGCUCUUCUGAGUUUAUACUCCCAAGAUCCGGCUAAUAAACCUCCAGCAUCUCCAAGACGUCGACCUCUGCCAGUAUUUGAUCCAUUGACUCAAGAAGAGCAGUGGGAACUCUCCGACUUCGUCACCACCAUGUCCGUCUACGAGCAACGAGUGUGUCGAGCUCUAGCAGAGCAGGAGCUUCGACGAGAUUAUACAGCAGCUCCUCCCUCUCCAACACGGAAAGUCUCGUCCUCGAUGGAGUUUUCAGUGGCGCCUACCGACUCAACAUCGCACCAUGGUCGAAGUUACUCGGUCGAUAGCAUAGCUUCAACGUCUCCACAUCGACCUGCCAGUCCAGACGCAACCGUGAGCCGUCAUAAGCGAGGAUUGACACUUGCGUUAACACCCGGUGAGCUAUCCGUUCGUCUCGCUUCUUCGCCAACAAUACGACCUCAUUCCGCUUCAACUAGCGAUCUACCGAGUCCAACUAAACACGAAAGCGCGUUGGACUUGGAACCACUUCGAGCCUGGAUCUUCAAGCAGCGACAACUAGGCCUGCACACCACAUCUUGGUUCGAGAAGCAGUUCUUCCAUACUUGGGUGCUCAAUCCAACCAAAGUUAUUCCUUUACUCAACUGGCACAUUGGGCCCGUGAGAGUUCGUCUAACAGCAGGUGAUGCUGAUCAUGUACAAGUAACGAAACGUGACAUUGGAGUCGAAAUCGGCAUCGAAGGUUGUAGCGGCGCCAUGCUCCUCAGUAGAGUUCCGUUCUUGCGCAUGCUCGUGGAAUUUCGCGUCGGUCUUCUCCAUGUGACGCUGAUGCGAAAGCCUCAGCUCGAUACCGACGUGGAUUCAGGGGAUCUGUACAAAUGGAUCUCGAGUGGCUACAUCCGCUCACCGGAAGACGGAUUCUUUUACGUAGGUCUCAAAUAUUCCGCCCACGAAGUAGCAGCCGAGCCGAAUGGUAGAGUUCAGUUCGUGGGGAAUCCUGAAGAGGAGCUGGGGUUAAAAGGACGAAUGUGCGUUGGCCCGAUUAAGAUCGACUGCAACGAAGCUGCGAUCAGAGCUGCUAUGGGACAGAAUGUUGCUGAUGAACUUCAGACGUCAAAUACGGACGUUGCAAGUGCGACCCACUUUUCGGUGCUACAAGAUGCUUACCACAACUUCGUGCGUCUCGUUGUUCAUCUGCCAAAGCGAAAAGGGUCCCGCAAACGGAAUCCCAAAGACACUAGUCCACGCGCCAAGAAGAGACCUGGUGUGUCCAAUGUCACUGAUCCAGUUCCACCUGACCAGCAGAAGCUCGAGAGAAGUGCGAGAAGAACACGAAUGUUCCACGCAUUGCUACUGCGCUCUUCGACAUUUGAGGUAGAAGUCGGCACUCUCGAAGUCAAUCUAUCAACGUACACCAGCCACAUCGAAAAGGCUCUUCGUGGCCAAGUACCGAGGCGUUUUGAGGCGAUCAAACCGUCAGAAACGCGAGAAGAAGUGAACGUCAAGCUGCCCUCGAUGAUAUGUCGACUGCAGAAUCGUCCGGCGAUGAACGAGUGCGUCGUGGAUGCCGCCGGUGCGCGUGUCAUCUAUCGAUCUACCGAGCAAGGUCGUGCCGCCGUAAUUCGACACCUCGCGCAAUUGUUCAAGCUGUAA